CUACUGGAUUAAACGAACGGCGAAGGUGAGGGAAACGGAGGGCGUGUAAAAAGCAAGGAGGAAUCUUGCCUUGAAAUAGCGAACAACAAUCACUUAAUUAAAAGAAAGAAAGGGAUUUCUGUAAGGGAGCCAUAUAUGACGACACCCAAAAACUAUGAGCGUGCAGUCGCACUGUGCUGUCACUUAUUGGGGAUUCAUAGGUGACACUUACAUAUGAAAUCAGAAUAGACAAGUAAGACGCAUUGGACUGAAAGAGUAACCUGUCUGUCAGUCAUGAAUCUAAAAGCAGAAAUACAAAUCAGGUAGUGUUUCUAGCACUUCAGCAGGAAUCGCUUAGAAGGAGAACGAAUACUGUAGAAGAAUAAUGCAAAUGGAUUUCAGCAUGCUUCGGAAUUUAAUCAGCAGAUACUGUGUGGGAGAGGAGAACUGGGUGGACAAUCGGACAGUGUACAUCGGUCACCGAGAACCUCCACCAGGAGCAGAGGCGUACAUCCCUCAGAGAUACCCCGACAACCGCAUUGUCUCCUCCAAGUACACUUUCUGGAACUUUAUACCGAAGAACUUAUUUGAGCAGUUCAGAAGAAUUGCUAAUUUCUACUUCCUCAUCAUCUUUCUUGUUCAGCUGAUCAUCGACACCCCCACCAGUCCCAUCACCAGUGGCCUCCCUCUGUUCUUCGUCAUCACAGUCACCGCUAUCAAACAGGGUUAUGAAGACUGGCUCCGGCACAAGGCGGACAAUUCCGUCAACCGGUGUGCGGUGCAUGUGAUCCAGCAUGGCAAGGUGGUGAGGAAGCAGAGCUGCAGGCUCCAGGUAGGUGACAUCGUGCUGGUGAAGGAAGAUGAGACCUUCCCCUGUGACCUCAUCGUCCUGUCCACGAGUCGGCAGGACGGCACGUGUUUCGUCACUACUGCCAGCUUGGAUGGGGAGUCCAGUCACAAGACCUAUUAUGCUGUGCAGGACACCAAGGCCUUUAACACUGAAGAAGAGGUGGACACACUAAGGGCCACCAUUGAAUGUGAACAACCACAGCCAGACCUUUAUAAAUUUGUGGGACGCAUCAAUAUUUAUCUGGAUGGAAAUGAGCCCAUUGCAAGACCUUUGGGGUCAGAGAAUGUGCUUCUGCGAGGAGCGACACUCAAAAACACAGAAUAUAUUUAUGCUGUUGCAAUAUACACAGGCAUGGAGACGAAGAUGGCUCUCAACUAUCAAUCCAAGUCCCAGAAACGCUCCGCUGUUGAGAAAUCCAUGAAUUCGUUUCUGGUUAUUUACCUGUGCAUCCUGAUCAGCAAGGCUCUGAUCAAUACUGUGCUGAAGUACCUGUGGCAGGCUGACCUCAAUCGGGAUGAGCCCUGGUACAAUGGAAAGACCCAGUCCGAACGGCAGCGACACGUGCUGAUCAGGGCCUUCACCGACUUCUUGGCCUUCAUGGUCCUGUUCAACUACAUCAUCCCCGUGUCCAUGUACGUGACGGUGGAGAUGCAGAAGUUCCUCGGCUCCUAUUUCAUCAGCUGGGACGAGGAGAUGUUUGACGAGGAGCUGGGGGAAGGGGCACUGGUCAACACGUCGGAUCUCAAUGAAGAGCUGGGGCAGGUGGAGUAUGUAUUUACGGAUAAGACGGGAACCCUGACUGAAAACAACAUGGAGUUUAUUGAGUGCUGCGUUGAUGGGCUGGUCUACGUGCCUCAUUCGGUCUGCAAUGGUCAGACCUUGCCUGGAGCAUCAGGCACUGACGUGAUCGACUCCUUGCCUGAACCGGCAAAGAAGGAGAACGAGGAGCUGUUUUUCCGGGCCCUUUGCCUGUGUCACACAGUUCAAGUCAAGGAAGAAGAGACAGUCGAUGGUAUCAAGAGGGGCAUCCACCAGGGCAAGGGUACCUCCUUCUACAUCUCCUCCUCACCUGAUGAGGUGGCCCUGGUGGAGGGCAUGAAGCGGCUGGGCUUCACCUACCUUCGUCUGAAAGACAGCCACAUGGAGAUCCUCAACAGGGAGGAGGAGAUCGAGAGGUUCGAGCUGCUGGAAGUUCUGAACUUUGAUUCUGUUCGGAGGAGGAUGAGUGUUAUUGUGCGCUCUGGAACAGGUCAGUACUAUCUGUUCUGCAAAGGCGCUGACUCUUCCAUCUUUCCCAGGGUGGUCUCAGGAAAAGUGGACCAGAUCCGUGCUCGUGUGCAGCACAACGCCGUGGAAGGUCUGCGGACUCUCUGCGUUGCCUACAAGAUGUUGAGCCCAGCAGAGUAUGAAGAAGUCUGCCACCUUCUGAACAGCGCAAAGCUGGCCUUGCACGCGCGGGACAAGAAACUGGCCGAGGCUUAUGAUGUAAUCGAGAGGAACUUCAUCCUGCUGGGGGCCACUGCAGUGGAAGACAGGCUUCAGGACCAGGCAGCCGACACCAUCGAGUCGCUGCACCAGGCCGGCAUCAAGGUGUGGGUGCUGACGGGGGACAAGAUGGAGACGGCGGCGGCCACCUGCUACGCCAGCAGGCUGUUUCGGCGCAGCACGCAGAUCCUGGAACUAACCACCAAGCGCACGGAGGAGCAGAGUCUGCAUGACGUGCUGUUCGAGCUGAGCCGCACUGUGCUGCGUCAGCGACGGAGCAUGCUGCGGGAGAGCCUUUCGGGUCUCUCCAACGACUUCCAGGACUAUGGGCUGAUCAUCGACGGCGCGACGCUUUCAGCAGUGCUGAAGCCAUCCGAGGACGGCAGCUCGGGAAGCUACAAGGAAAUUUUCCUGGAUAUCUGCCGGAAUUGCAGCGCCGUGCUGUGCUGCCGCAUGGCACCCCUGCAGAAAGCGCAGAUCGUAAAGUUGAUAAAGGCUUCGAAGGAGCGGCCCAUUACCCUGGCCAUUGGGGAUGGGGCCAACGACGUCAGCAUGAUUCUUGAAGCUCAUGUGGGCAUCGGCAUUAUGGGUAAAGAGGGUCGUCACGCAGCGCGGAACAGUGAUUACGCAAUCCCCAAAUUCAAGCACUUAAAGAAGAUACUCCUAGUACACGGACAUUACUACUACAUCAGGAUUGCUGAGUUGGUGCAGUACUUCUUUUACAAGAAUGUCUGUUUCAUCUUUCCUCAGUUCCUCUAUCAGUUUUUCUGCGGUUUCUCACAGCAGCCUCUGUACGACACGGCCUAUCUGACGCUGUACAACAUCAGCUUCACCUCCCUGCCCAUCCUGCUCUACAGUCUCAUUGAGCAGCACGUCAGCAUAGACAUCCUGAAGAGAGAUCCGUCUCUGUACAGGGACAUCUCUAAGAACUCCCUCUUAUGCUGGCGGAUCUUUAUCUACUGGACGUUCCUGGGGGUGUUUGAUGCUGCAGUCUUCUUCUUCGGGAUUUACUUCCUUUUCGACGACACCACUUUCACCAGCAAUGGACAGCUAAUGACCGCCAACACACAAAUGAUGUUUGGCAACUGGACGUUUGGGGCACUUGUCUUCACCGUCUUAGUCUUCACCGUCACGCUAAAGCUGGCCCUGGACACGCACUACUGGACGUGGAUUAAUCACUUUGUCAUUUGGGGUUCCUUACUCUUCUACGUUGUCUUCUCGUUGCUGUGGGGAGGCAUUAUCUGGCCAUUCCUGAACUACCAGCGGAUGUACUACGUAUUCAUGCAGAUGCUGUCCAGCGGGCCGGCCUGGCUUAGCAUCAUCCUGCUGGUCAGCGUUAGCCUGCUACCCGACGUGCUCAAGAAAGUGCUCUGCCGGGCCUUGUGGCCAACCACCACCGAGCACAUCCAGAACGCUGAGAAGCUCUACCUGGGCCAGCUGUCGGAGUUCACCCCAUUGUCCUCGCAGUGCACCACCCCUCACAGGAGUGGCGAGGCCCCCAGCUGCAGUCAGAGAAGGUCUGAGUCCUUCCCCAAGAAGCUCACGUACUCCGGCUGGAAACACGACUCCGACUACCACACUGCUAGGCCUUCGCCGGGAAUCAGGAAUGACUUCUGGCCUUCGGAUUCCGGUUAUAUUUUGGGAAGGCCAGGACUGGAGACUUCAGUGUGAUAUUUAAUCCAUGCCUUUAAAGAUAGCCACACGCACACGUGCAUAAACACACAUGCUGGUGAAUCGCGAGCCGCCGAACCCUGUGCAGAGGAUCAGUAAUUCUCUGCCAGCUCUGGACUGUGAUCCCCUGAAAUGUGUAAGUAGGGACACACAGUCUGGGACCGUGUGACCUAUAACUUCUUUAGUUCCGGUGCAAAGACUCUCAUAACAUGUUGUUCUUCAUUCUCCCGAAAUUCAUCUGUCACCCAUACAGGUGAUAUUACUUGAAAGAAAAAGUCUUAUUUUCUAACUAUACAAUGGAGAACUGUUCUAAUUCUCAUCGCUUCAAAGUACCUCUUUGAUCUUCCUAUUUAUGUUUUAAAUGAUCUUUUAGCUUUUUUUUUUUUACUUUUCUCUUUCUUUUCUUAGAGGUAACUGGUGUUGCCUUUGUGAGAAUCUGUUGUUGAGGAACACGCCACAGGACUGUCCAGUAUCACUGUAAGUCACUUGACCGUGGAAAGUCAGCUGUCCCCACUCAGGUCCCAGUAGAUGCGUGUGCUGGCCUCUGUGUAGCAUUGCUUAAUGUGGCGAGGCGUAUGGCAGAUGGACCAAUCGGCGACCCACCCCAGCUGCUUAGCUGCAUAGUCACUGCUUGUCCCAUGAGUGUUCACUGGAUCUAGUUAACCCUGAUCGAUCAGGCUUUGAUCGGGUUGUGCGUGUAUGGACCAGUAAGGUAAUGGCAUUAAAUAACAAACAUGACACUGAAACAUAGUUUGACUGCUAAGGCUGUGUUUCUGGGUGUGUUUAAAGUUUUUUUUAUUAUUAUUAAAGCUUUCUUUGGGAUCAGGAAGAAAUAAUGCAUUUUAAAAUAUAUUUAGCAGUCCACCUAAAAACAUAGAUUUGUUGUAUAUUUUUGCAUUUAUCAGAAAGUCAGAAUUGUUUCCUUUUUACAGAAAAGUAAAAUGGUGAGACUUCACUCAAAGUAAUCUGUAUUAUAACUGCUGGGU